AUGUGCAUCGAGAUCGGACGCGUGGUAGUCUACUUUCUCGGUUCGCUGCUCUUCUUACUUGGCUCCAUCUACUUUUACCCUGAGUACUCCGUCAUGUGGAGCGGCAGCGCUGGUGUAUUUGCUAGUUGGUGUUUUGUGAUCGGCUGUAUUUUCUUCUUUACGGGCGCCAACCUCGACUUUAUCCAGACUAUACGCUACAACCAUGCACAAUUUAAGUUUUGGAUUGAAUUACAUGAGUGGUAG